UUCAACAGUUCGUGAGCCGUGUGUCAGAAGCCGCAAUAGCCAGAAGUUCUUAUCCGGAGUAACCACAGCAGCACAGCAACACCACAUCAAAUUAACACCUUGCAUCAGCAUCAGGCAUUAUCGGUGCUUCAGACCGAAUCGCCAGGCAACGAGCAUCGCCCAAUCUACCAGCAGCAGCACCAUCAUCACCACCACUACCACCACCACCACACAUCUAGAGGAGAGACACAGAUUCAUCGGGAAAAUUCGCUAACCUGAUCUAUGGGUUUUCCUUUCUAGCAGCAGUAGCAGCAGCAAGUCGCCUUUACAGUUUCCAUUCGUUACAUUAUUGGUUGUUAUUACAUGGUGAAAAAUAACCCACUGACAAGUGUAGUGUAGGACUAAGCGAGUGUAUGUAUAAAAAGUGAUCAAAGCAAAGCUAAAAUAAAUCACAGUGCUCUGGGUACGAUAGGUACACACAGGGUUCUGUUGUGAUUCAAUUGUGUGUUCGUGUGUGUAAAUUCUGAAUACCAUUACGCCAAGCAGUAGGAAAAAAAAAACCCGACCCGCAAAACAGUAAGCGGAUCGUGGAGGAAGACGUGUAGACUCGAAGAAAAGUGAUUGCAGCAGAAAAGAAAGAAGCGGAAGAAGAAAGCGCAAGAGUGAGAGUGAGGGAGGAAGCGACGAAAAAUAUUAGCCGCUCGGAAGAGCACCCACAUUUAUGUAUUGCAGUAACCAGAGUAGUAUGGCUACUCUGUUACAGCAGAAGAGUUUUAUGAAAAAUUUGACCAAUGGAACAAACAACGUGGUGGUCGUAAAUGGCACCAACGAGAACCAGACGACGACGGCAACGAUGGUGGCCGCGGGUGCCACAAUGGCCACAGUUGUGCCGGGCAGUGCCAGCCGGAUGCUGCUGCCACACGAGACGACCACCCUGAUCCACCAUCAGCCCCCGCUGAUACAUCAGCAAACCAAUUCGUUCACCUCGACGCAUUCGCCUGCCUCUAGCUCGAUCAGCUCGUGCAGCUUCAAUAGCCAAUUUAUCAGUCAUCUCCAGAGCAAUCACCACCUAUCGUCGCAGCAGAUCUUCGGCGGCAACAGCACCCGGGUUGAG